UAACUGUAUUUUGUUUACUUUCGUGCUCUUAAUUAUUACGGAAAAUUGCGUUUACAGCUGCAACAAAAGGUCUGAGCCAUGUGUCUGUGUCCUACACGCAUUUUUAAAUAACAGGUCUGAUCUAAAAUAAUAACCUACAUCUAUAAAUCCAUCUAGAACCGCACUCUAGACAAGUCCCGUUAGCAUGACUGCAGCAACACUGCUAACUGUGUUAGCUCCGGUAAGGAAAGAACAAGUCCUUUGGGAAAGCUACGACACACACAGAUACAAUCUAAAAGAUGAUCCCCAUGGAGGAUCUUUAAAAGCACCCAAAUACAUACGUACGUUACUCCUACAAGUGCAAACGAAUCAAACUAAAGGGUUACUCCAGCAUCAGGAAGACUUAUUCCAGUGAUCUAUAUUUUCCAGAGUUAUAUCAAUAAAUACACACAGCAGUAAAACUGUAGAUUACUGAACUAUAUUGGGACACAUGAUGGAGCUAAGACCAGCUUAGAGCUCCCAGUGGAGCACAGAAAUGAAAUAUUUAAGAAAAGUAAACAAACUGUACCAAUUUUGGUUCUGAAAAUGAACAGAAUCCUCCUCUAUGUCCAAAUCGGUUCGCAGGUCUUCUGAGUCAAACUGUCUAAAACAUGUAUGCACGUCUGGUAGUGAUAUCCAGCUGGCGGGGUCUGAGUUCGGUUGAACGUCUCCGGUAAUCCAAUAUCCGUUCUCGUCGCCGUAUCCCAGAGAAAAAACAAAUCUGACUGACUAGCAGAGGCUUCAGAAGCUACAUCUGACUGAUGACACAUUGUUCUCUGCUAUAACGCUAACGCAGAAACAGCGGAGUCAGGCGUUGUUUACUACAGCUGUUUCAGCAGAGCUCCAUGUGAAACGUCACCAGCUGCCCAGGGCUUAGACCGGAAGUUAGUUUCAGUUUUUCCCGCGCCGGUCACAAACAUCAGAUUUUCUUACAAUUCCAGACGUCAAAAUCCAGAAAACCUUUUUCAUCUGAGGUUUUAAUACACAUUUACACAUACUGUUCAAACGAAUUUUGCCUCUGGCCGAUAUCUUUUAAGUAUUUUAUGCUGCAAGGCCAUAUUUUAAAUGACUUUUUGUUUAAUGUCUAAGUCAACUUCUGUCCGCCUGGUGCCUAAGGUCAUUGGACUGAACUAGUGACAUCAUCACUGACAGAACAAAUGAUGCGUUGGAGCUUUACCUUUGCCUUUGAAAACGAUAGCUGUGUCAUCAGAAGGAAUCAGGCCUUCUUUCAUCCCAAAGCCCCAGGAAAUGCUCAUCGGGUCACUAACAGCAUAUCUAAAGUUCAGAUAGAGAAUAAAUCUUAAUGAAGAUACACAGCAGAAGUUGAGCUUGCUUUGAACAAUAACUGAUACGUGAAUUCAGUAGUAGAUUAAUUAUAGUUGAGCUUGGAAAAAAGGGCAGAUCUGUUUUGCCACCUAUAACUCAGUCUCAGUUACAACCAAGUGCAUGGUCACCCAAUACUGGACCAGUACCAGUCCAUUAACAACCACUGACCUGAAUAUCUUUGAAGGAGGUGAAUGAGUGACUCUGAGACGGGCCUGUUGUCAUAGCGAUGUCUUGAUCAGCUCAAGUUACCACAUUGUGUUUUAUUGUCCCUGUAGCAGCUGCACCUACAGCACAGAUCAGAGGCAACAUGUGGCCCAGCUGUGACCAUCAAGGGUCAGGGUCAGAGGUCAAAGGGUCCUUGUGUUGUUCUAUAUCAAUUAGAGUGAAUAGAGAGGGAGGAGUUAUACCACCCUGGAGGAGAACACGGGGGUCACUUGCUUACCGUAUCUGUUCUUGCAGUCUUACACAUUCCCAUUGGGAAUUGUCUCAGCUAGUGGAGCACUUGUGGGUUACCAAGACAACAAAUAAAAACAUAUCUAAACUUAAAUCUUUCUAAUUUAAAGUUUUGCUUAUUGCUCAAAUGAUUCAGAGCAGAUAAUGUGUGUUCGGUUAUUCACUGUGUGCAACAGCAAUGCUGCAACACGGCACGAAGACGCUGCUGAGACCGUGGGACUAAUACAAAAUGCACACCCACAUCAAAGAAAGGACGACGACGAGCAUGCGCUUGGUCAUGCUGCCCAGAAGUCUGCUAUUUAGUCCUGAGGUUGAAGCUGAAGGCUCAACUCGCAAUUUAGAUUUUUUCACCCUGAGAAUGUUUGAGGUCUGUGAUGACAUAGCACAAAGUGUAGAUUCAAGUAGUCCAAACAGGAAACCCAGAACGAAGGCAGUGGCCAGCUUUGCGUCUUUGUGUUGAAGCAAGCUCACAUUUUUGGAUCUCGUCUUGUAAAAAAUAAAACCAGGAAAUGGAAAACGUGUCUGGGAGCCUGAAAAAGGCCCUGGUAUGAUCUGUUUUAAUGCAUUUUUAAAAGUUUUAUCAUAUUCACGUGACAGUUUGAGACAGUUGUGGUCAAACAUACACCACGAUAAUUUCAACCUCCAUAUUUCUCAUGGUAUUAAUAACAAAAACCUAUAAAUAGAUGUGUUUUCUGUGCUCCUACACAUCACCACAGCUGGGUUACAUUUCUGGUCGCACACCGUUUAGCCACGUCGAAUGAAAACUCCCUUAAGCGUUCAGUCCUGUUCACACAGAAAGGUCGUCUUAUCAGACAGCGUGUCAACAGAGUCACCAAUCACAGCGGCACGCCGUGUCCUCCCGUUGGUUUCAGCCGUAUUAAAGUCUGUCAGCAAACCUUUUGGCUUGUCAUCACAUCAUUUUAAACUUGCAUUCAUAGUCCGGAGUCCAAACGAGUAACUACAGUCAGGUGAAACGUGGAGUUGGGCUUCACCUCUCCAGUCGUUUCCCUGUUAUUGUUAGAGCUUUGGAGAGCUUCGACUGCUUUCUGAUGAAUGAGGCGAUGCCAAAGAGACCAUGACGGGGAAACUAAACACCGACCGAGUCUCUCCCUCUAAGUUUUCCCUUCUUUUGUCUCUGGGGAGAUCUUUCUUUUCCUUUACAACGUGUGAUUGUGUCUGUGCCUGUGCAAAGACAAACCGUGGAUUAAAGGUGCAAUUUGUAAGAAUUUUACUGCGAAAUUAUCCCAAAACUGUCUAAUGUCUCAAUCACGUUGGAAGGAAAGUUAUACUGAAACAGACUUCAUUCUCAGCCGGCUGAGGGGUUAUCAGAAAGAGGGACGUAGUUUUUGUUUACGCUUUGGGAAUUUGCGGAAUCUGCAUGAGCUAACGCUGCAUCACAGGCAUUUGGAAUUGACACCAGCAGGCAAAAAAGCAUCAAAGUUGUUUAAAGAACCAAAGCUAAGUAAUUGGGAGCGACCCAGAAGUUAUUUCUUGUGUCCCAAAGAAACAUCCUUUUGUUUUACUCUAAUAUUGGGUGAAGCAGGCUAGAUGUUGAGCUAACAAUGCUAACGGUGAAUUAGAUGCAAAUAGUUGGCUAUAAAAUAAUCUUGAGCUAAUUUUCAAUAACUAACAACUCAGUAAUACAGUGGCAUUUUACUUCCUUUAAUGAGUCAUCCAGAACUAUAACAGCAAGAUGGUAAACAACCACACUUCCUCUAAUGUGUGGAAAUAUUACCAUGAUAAGUGUAAUAAGCGCUUCCUACCGUAAAACACCCGAGUGUUAAAUGACACUCACUUGUAUAGCGUCUUUCAGAGUCAGGGGACAGCAAAGCACUUUAGUGUUAACAGCAGAUAUGACGAUAUAUUUAUCUAAUUAUCAACUAACUAUGUCUGACUUGCCUUUGUCAUCUAGAAUCUUCUGGUCCUGAGAGCACCAGCUGGUCCCGACUUAACCCAGUCAUAACCCCUACGUCUGACUUAACUAAGUCAGGACUGGAGUUAGAGCCGAGUGCACCAACUCAGACUAGGACCAGUCGCAUCGUGCAUGUUCACGAGGAUACAAGCAUUGCUGUGCGCCUUGCAUAGUAACACGCCUGCCCAAGCGCAGCAAGAAUGGAAGAGGAAGGCAAAUUUCCACUAAACAUAAUCAUACAAAAACUCUAGGCUAGAUAUUCCAACGUACUUCUGGUGUGGACCAGGUGUAAUAGUUACACCUGGGUGUAGCGGCUAAAGGGCUUACACCUGAGUGGUGCACUCCUCUUAACUCAUUCACUGCCAUUUGCAUUUUUUUUACUGUGUGGGCGUCGGACGAGCCCCCGCACAGUGAGAACAAACAUCUCAGCUCUAAAGCUGAUCUUCAUCCGCAUACGUCACAUGCCACGUGAUCAGGAAGCAGAACAUCCGUGUGUUAGGAGAUCGUUUUGGGCCGCUGCUGUAGAAAAAGUGAGGCGUGAACCGGAAAAGUUUCUGCCGAUCGCAAUUCAACAACGGAUUAUGAAAGAACAGAUAAUGCUCAAAACGCGCAGAUUCUUCCUGAUGUAAGAGGUGAGUGUCCGCUUUGUUUUGGUUGUUUUGGCAUCUACAUCAUCCUAGCACGCAACGUUCUGUGGCUCUUAAAAAACAGUAAAAACAGUGAGAAACGCUGGCAGCGAAUGAGUUAACGAGCUGGGCGUAACUUUCAAAUCUACGUCCGACUUAAUGUUACGCCCGGGAGUACGACCAGCUGGUGCAAUCCACCCCUGCCGAUACGUAACUGACAAGUCAUCAAACUCAGAGAACAGCAGUGAGAAAGUAGCAUUUUGUUUAAAAAAUGGGCUGCAGUACCCACAUUUGACCACAAUAUGUCACUCUUACAAACUGCACCUUUAAGCUCAUCUUUAAUCUCACCAAGAGAAAAGUCAGACGAGGUCACCAUGUGGACGUCUACAUACAUUCUGUCAUUUGAAUCACUCUGAGCUCACUGUUGCAGGUGUGUGUCCAUCCCUCAUUGCUGUGAUUCAGUGUUGAUUUUGCCCGGACAGCAGAAACCAAAGAGCAUAAUCAAUGAGUCUUCCCACUAUGUUGAAUUCAAAAAGGAAUGACCCACUCUGUUUUUCUCCUCUCCUCUUCUCUGUGCUUUCUCCCAGUGGAGGGAAAAUUGGGAGGAGAUCAGUGGGGUGGAUGAGCACUACACUCCAAUUAGGACCUUCCAGGUCUGCAACGUGAUGGAGUAUAGCCAGAACAACUGGCUCCGCACUAACUGGAUACCUCGCCAAUCAGCGAGGAAGAUCUACGUGGAGCUGAAGUUUACCCUGAGGGACUGCAACUCCAUCCCGCUGGUCCUGGGCACCUGCAAAGAGACCUUCAACCUCCUCUAUCUAGAAAUGGAUGACGAUCAGGGGAGCCACUUCAGAGAGCAUCAGUUUCUCAAAAUUGACACAAUCGCUGCUGAUGAGAGUUUUACCCAGACGGACCUUGGAGAUCGCAUCCUCAAACUCAACACUGAGGUGCGCGAGGUGGGCCCCUUGACCAAGAAGGGCUUCUACCUUGCAUUCCAGGACGUGGGUGCUUGUGUAGCUUUAGUUUCCGUCAGGGUUUACUUUAAAAAGUGCCCGUAUACUGUGAAGAAUCUGGCCUCCUUUCCGGACACUGUGCCCAUAGACUCCCAGUCCUUGGUGGAGGUCAAAGGUUUGUGUGUCAACCACUCCAAAGAAGAGGAACCUCCUCGAAUGUUCUGCAGCACCGAGGGGGAGUGGCUCGUGCCAAUUGGAAAGUGUCUGUGCAACCCGGGAUACGAGGAGAGAAGCAGCACCUGCCAAACAUGCAGGGCAGGCUUCUAUAAAUCUACGCUGGGCAACAUGGAGUGUUCAAAGUGUCCGCCUCACAGCUUCUCUCACCAUGAAGGGUCACUGCACUGUGGCUGUGAGAAAAACUACUUUCGUGCUGAGGAGGACCCUGCCUCUAUGGCAUGUACUCGACCUCCUUCAGCUCCCCGGAACGUGAUCUCUUCCAUCAAUGAGACCUCGGUAAUCCUGGACUGGAGCUGGCCGGAGGACACUGGAGGACGUCGGGAUAUCACCUUUAAUGUCGUCUGUAAGCGCUGCAGAGGUGUUGCUGCUAACGGCAGCAGCAGCGGGACUCAACACUGUGAGCCGUGUCGAAGCAACGUUCGCUUUCUGCCAAGAGCCUCUGGCCUCCACAACACUACAGUAACGGUGGGCGACCUGUUGGCCCACACCAACUACACAUUUGAGAUUGAAGCGCAGAACGGCGUGUCAUCACUGGCGCCUAAGAUGAGACAAUACGCCGCUGUCACCAUCACCACCAAUCAAGCAGCUCCCUCUCAAGUAACGGUGAUCCGCAAAGAGAAGACUUCCCGAAACAGUGUCUCCCUUUCCUGGCAGCAACCAGAAAGACCCAACGGGAUAAUUCUGGACUAUGAGAUAAAAUACUACGAAAAGGAAGAGCAGGAGACGAGCUACACCAUCCUUCGGGCUCGGGGUUGUAACGUGACCCUGAGCGGCUUGAAGCCCAACACGGCCUACCUGCUUCAGAUCCGAGCGCGCACGGCUGCUGGUUAUGGGGCCAGCAGCCCCAGUUUCCAGUUUGAAACCAGCCCUGACUCAGCCUUCUCCAUCUCCAGCGAGAGCAGCCAGGUUGUUCUGAUUGCGGUCUCCUCUGCUGUGGCCAUCAUCCUCCUCACUGUACUGCUCUACGUCCUGAUUGGCAGGUUUUGUUGCUGCAGCAGAUCCAAACAUCCCGAUGAGAAAAGACUUCACUUUGGCAACGGCCACUUGCGUCUGCCGGGCAUCAGGACAUACGUGGACCCCCACACCUACGAGGACCCGAGCCAGGCCGUUCACGAGUUCGCCAAGGAGCUGGACGCCUCCUGCAUUGCUAUUGAUAAAGUUGUGGGAGCAGGUGAGUUUGGAGAGGUGUGCAGCGGUCGCCUGAAGCUGCCCAGCAAGAAGGAGAUCUGCGUCGCCAUCAAGACCCUUAAGGGGGGUUACACGGACAAGCAGAGGCGGGACUUCCUUGCAGAGGCAUCAAUCAUGGGGCAGUUUGAUCACCCUAACAUCAUCAGGCUGGAGGGGGUCGUAACACGCAGUAAGCCCGUGAUGAUCGUCACGGAGUACAUGGAGAACGGAUCCCUCGACAGUUUCUUAAGAAAACACGACGCCCAGUUUACAGGAAUCCAGCUGGUCGGCAUGCUUCGCGGCAUCGCCUCGGGCAUGAAGUACCUGUCGGACAUGGGCUACGUUCACCGAGACCUGGCAGCUCGGAACAUCCUGGUCAACAGCAACCUGGUGUGUAAAGUGUCAGACUUUGGUUUAUCCAGAGUGCUGGAGGACGACGCAGAGGCGGCUUACACCACCAGGGGAGGAAAGAUCCCCAUCCGGUGGACCGCACCAGAGGCUAUAGCCUACAGGAAGUUUACAUCAGCCAGCGAUGCUUGGAGUUAUGGCAUUGUGCUCUGGGAGGUGAUGUCAUACGGGGAACGGCCAUACUGGGAGAUGUCCAAUCAGGAUGUGAUAAAAGCAGUAGACGAGGGCUACCGUCUGCCCCCGCCCAUGGACUGCCCUGCUACGUUGUACCAGCUGAUGUUGGACUGCUGGCAGAAAGAGCGGAACAAUCGUCCCAAGUUUGAACAGAUUGUCAGCAUCCUCGAUAAACUCAUCCGGAACCCUGGCAGCCUCAAAAUCACAGCAAACACCACAUCCAGACCAGCAAACCUGUUGUUGGAUCGGAGCAGCGCAGAAGCUCCCUCGCUGCCAACGAUGGGUGACUGGAUGGAUGCGAUGAGGACCUUGCCUUGUAAGGAGGCCUUCUCUGGGGUCAGCUACAGCUCAUGUGACACCCUCGCCAAGACCUCAACCGAGGAUCUGAAAAAGGUUGGAGUCACUGUUGUAGGACCGCAGAAGAAGAUAGUGAGCAGCUUGAAAGCCCUAGAUUCCCAUACCAAGAAUGGCCCCGUACCAGUUUAAAAAAACAAAACAAAAACAAAAACUAAAUCAACAAAUGAAAACCAUGAGACAUGGUCCAGUUGGUCUGUGUUUGACACACUAAUGCAGUGGAAGCAUAUUGGAACAGCAUGGAGAUGCAAACGGAGAACGGAGGAGAUAAGAUUCUCACAGUUGUGUUGAACACCAGAAUUCUGACGGAGAAAUUAGGAGAAGUUCAACACAGACCUGCCGGCAUUUAAGCGGCUGAUGGGACCCUCCUCCAUGCCCAUGUUGAGAUGCCUUACAGACUAAUAAAAGGGUAGAAAACCCGAGGAAGGAUAAGAGAGUCAGAGAGAAGUAUUCAGGAUUACAAACGUGGUCUCUUCUGGGAUACAGGGCAAACAUGCUCAGCAAGCUGGAGCUCUCCAUGAUGGUGGCCUAGCCACAGAACACCAGGCUAAUAUCCUACGGAGCAAGGCCGUGAAUCAGCUGGGAUGCUGAGGGAAGAGCAUAGCAGACAGCUGCAGCUGACCUGGAUGUGGACCCCUCCCAGAUAGAUGGAUUGAAGCUACCCACGUUUAAAGUCUCUGUCCAUCAGAAGGCUGAGCUGGUAUGGAUGAACCUAGAUGCUAACCGAGCCAUUUUACUCCGUAGCUCUAACCUAAAGCAUUUGCAUUAAGUAGACAUGACACAUAAAAGCAAUAACGUUAUAAUCCAUAGUGCUGAAGUCAUGGGUUUGUCACUUGUGUAACGUAUCGAAUGCUGUCCAACAAGGGACGGUGGCCAUAACACACAGCACACACAGAAUUGUUUUUAUGGUGAAAUCUAUGUUCUACACGCUAAUGCUAUGUACAGUACUUUUCCCCACCACCCAAUGCUCUUUGUGCAAAAUCUCAGGAUGUGCACACUAUUUGCUCCAACAUAAAGAAACCACUAAGGACUAAGGUUAGGGAUGGUGAGAAUGAGAAGAGGUGAAGGUACGAACUAAACGAUGGCAACAAGAAUCAAGUAAAACAAAGCAUCGUCGCUUUUCAGAGCUCAAUGCGAUUGUUUUGGGAUGAAAUGUUUAAAAAGUGAGUUCCAGUGUCUUUUCAGAGUAAAACACGUUUUCACCAAGACUUCCUCUCACCAACAGGUGAACGUUGAUCCAUUGAAAGUUGUGGUAAGGAAAUUUAACAAUCUAACUUAUAAACAGAAGCCAUGAGAGAUCAUUCAUUUUCUUUUUGUUUAGUCAUCAAUUUGGUUAAAUUUGUACGUUAGUGUAAAAGUAGCUUCUAACCCGUACAUUUUGUUUUCAGUACAAAAUGUAGAGUGCCUCCUGUAGCUAAAACUUGAUUGUGGCGAGGUCAACAAGCAAAAAGCUUUUCUUUACUUUGGUUUGAAAUAACCCAGUCUCAGUUUCCUUUAGCACAUAUGGUCAGCAUAUCAGUCCAGCCUGAGGGGGGUAUGAAAAUGCCCUGAAAUAGAUGCAAAUGUUCUAAUUAUUAUUAUCUUCAUCUAUUCUUGGUGGGAUUUCCUAAAGGCACCAUGAAAAGUCUUUGUAGGACGUGCGUAUUUAAAGAUGCUUGUCUCCUGCUUUGAUGUCACCUCGGCGACCCCUCAGUGCAACACUUACCCAGUAUUUCUGAACUGGCACUUUGGUACCAUGAGCUCCUGGAUGCAUAAUGUUAAACCACGAAGAUGCUGUCUACGCCUCUUUGAGCACUUGGUACACAUUACUGCAGCACUUUGAAGGCAAAGUUCUUACCUUGGUAGUAGACUAAGCUUGAUGAAAGCACGGGGUGCUGUUGGUGCUUUUGGGAAACCCAGCCCUGUUCGGUCCAUCCGUUCUGUCUUCCUCUACUCGGUCUACCUGUGGAUGCUGCUGUAGAUGAUGUGGAAUUAGCAUGUACAUACGGUAAAACCAUCAUGAUGAAAGCAACUAGCACUACAGAUUACACUAUACGUGCAUUGUCAUCCUUUUUUAAAUUCUUUUGUGCGAAUGUUUUUUUUUUGUUGUAAAAAUGACCGAAUAAAAAUUGUGCAACAUUUUUAAUUGAGACGGAAACCAUCUGUAUUAUAUUUUAUCUUACGUUGAACUAUAUUUUUCAGCUUUUUUCUACAAAAAGACAAUUAUGAUUACGUUAUUUAUUUGCUAACAUUUUACAUUGCAUUGAUUUUCCUUUUUGAGCAUAGAGUAAAUUAUGUGUCAUUGCUGUUUGUUAUGAUUUUAACAUACCUUGUAAACCUGAGGCAUCCGAAGAGCAAUACUGUUAUGAACCCUAUCCAGAUUCCUGAUUUUUAUGUCUUGAGACUGAUCUGUGUGUCUGUGUGAGAGUUUAUGCGUGCAAAUGUAGAUGGCCUUGUCUACUAAUGUAAGAUGGUUUGUAGUGAAAACAUUUAUAUUUUUAUAAUAAAUAUUCACAAAAUAUUUUCCAAAAAAUUGGAUGAUGAAA